AUGGCGGCUGGACUCAAGACCAUCAUCGCGCUUUCGUUUGUGCUCGCAAUUGGAUUCCUGCUCGUUAUUCUCUCCUCCGCCCUUUGGCACAAGUACUGGCCGCUCCUGGUCGUCGCCGUCUAUAUCAUUGCGCCGCUUCCCAAUUGGAUCUGCGGACGAGUUGCGAACCCAGAUGACUUCAUGGACAGCUCGAGCAACUCCGCGAUGGAUUUUGGGCGUUUUAUGACUGGUUUCCUGGUCCUCACUGGAAUUGCACUUCCCGCCAUCUUGGCCCACAGCGGAGAAAUCGGCCUCCCGGCCAUGAUCAUGUCGAUCUGCGGUGGUCUCUUGAUCUACGGAACGAUCAUCAGCUUCUCCAUGUUCUUCCAAGAGCAGGAGGAGUUCUGA